AUGGUGAGGAGGCUCGUGCUAGCGAAGCAGCUGCUUGACUUCAAUUUGAAAGACAGAUGGGAGCCUCUGUGCAAAGUCCUCGAUGUUCCAGCUCCAGAUGUGCCAUUUCCGCGCAUAGAUGAAGAAGCCCAAAUCUUGAGCAUGCUUCGCGGCCUCGGAUGCGGUUAUGAGCUUGAGCAUUCCCAACUCAGCGUCAGUCCGCAAACACUUGAACAUCUCAACCACGGACUGGUGACUCAGGCCGAGUGCAUGACUCUUCCAACCACCCUCAGCACUAGCAUAAGUUUAUUCAAUGCUCUGCCGCCUAAACGCUUCAAGAAUUCAGCGAUACACGCCAUGACAAUCCCAGAGCCCGCUUCUGAGCCCUUGGCACCGACAUACAACCCCAGAUACGUCGAUAUUGGCAUCAACCUGGCCGAUCGCGUAUAUCGCGGACAAUAUCGCGGCAACCAGAAACAUCCCGACGACUUGGAAGCUGUUGUAGACAGAGCCAAGCAAGUCGGGUGCACAAAGCUGCUGGUGACUGGCUCGGACUGGCACAGUAUUCAAGAUGCCGCCGACCUCGCCAAGGAGUACCAAAAGUCCGCCACGCACAUGGCGCGGCUCAAAAAGCUGCUCCAGGACGCCAAGGCAUCCAAUACCGGCCACCUGAUCGCCUUUGGCGAGUUUGGCCUCGACUACGACCGGCUGCACUUUUGCAACAAGGCGGUGCAGCUGCACAGCUUCGCGGCGCAGCUCAAACUCGCCGCCGCCAUGGAGCCGCAGUUGCCGCUCUUUCUGCACUCGCGCGCCGCCGCCGCCGACUUUGCGCGGCUCCUCAAGGACGCCUUUGGCGCGAGGCUCGAGCGGCUGGCCCGCGGCGGCGUCGUGCACAGCUUCACCGGCUCGUCCGAGGAGAUGCGCGAGCUGCUCGACCUCGGCCUGUACAUUGGCAUCAACGGGUGCAGCCUCAAGACGGAGGAGAACUGCGCCGUCGUCCGGGAGCUGCCGCUAGACCGUCUGAUGCUCGAGACGGACGGACCCUGGUGUGAGGUGCGGCCCAGCCACGCCGGCUGGAAGUAUCUCAUUGAAAAGUCUGAACCUGCAUCCGCCGAGGAAACGCCAUCGACGCCCGCGUCGGAUGCUGCCGAGGGGGUGGUGACCAACGGAACCGGGAAGAGGCACAAGCCCCAGAAGCAGCCGAACCACGGCAAGAAGAAGAAUCAGAAGGCGGAGCCCGAGGUCCCUUCGCGCUUCAAGGCGACCAAGAACUGGCAGGAGGGCUGCAUGAUCAAGGGCCGCAAUGAGCCGUGCACUAUUGAGCGUAUCGCCAAGAUUGUGGCGGGCAUCCAGGGCGUGUCUGUAGAGGAAGUGUGCGAGGCGGCCUGGCGAAACACAAACAAGGUAUUUGACCUCGGCGAGAGUGUAUAG